ACAAUCAAUGACUUGGCUUCUCGACCACAUGGACGCUAACGUCUUUGAUGAAGCAAGUCAUGUUUGUAGUUGCAUCGCAUAGAAUGAAACAUUAGAAUUGGACAGGAAGAACAAUCCAGCUAGCAAACAUCCAACUUUGGAACAAACCUUUCUUAUUCCUUCUUUGCGUUUGCUCUGAAAACACGGAGGGAAAAUAGGAGCGCUUCUUUUUCACUUUGGGCUUUCAUGUCAAACACCGAUAAACAAGUCACACGCCGAGUCGUCCGUGACCCCUUUUGUCCAUUUUUACACAACAUUGGAAAAAUGAUUUGUUGUCCGUUUCUUUGUUUUGCUCUGAAAAGAAGUCUUGAAAAAACAGGCCUUAUUUAGUUUUUCUUUGUUUGCUUUUAAUGUGAAAAGCCAAUAAAGGAAUGACGGGUGGAUUCGUCCUUGAUCCGUUUUGUCCGUUUUAUAACCGUGCUUGUCCAGCGUUUCUUUGUCUUUGUGAGAAAAGCAAAGGAGUUUUUAUUUGUGUGCUGGUGGCCAAGAAGCCUUCAAAGAGCAUCUCAGCACUCAAAGCACUCGGCUGCCUUGUGAUGGCAUCACGUGGCGUUGCUGGAAAUGAUGCGGGACGAUGAAGCCUAUAAAAGGGACGUCACCGUCAGACACUCACUCUACAUCUCGCCUGGAAGAGACCGACAUCUCCGUUCUUCACGACCGAUCAUCCAACCGUCCUUCCUUCUUCCAGCCCGUUUGGUUCCGAGACGACUCUUCAGCGGACAAGAUGAGAAUGAUCCUUCUGCUGGUGCAGCUGGCCACCUGCUGUGCCAUCGGCUCAGCUGUUAAGUGCCAUGAAUGUAGUCUUGUUGGGUCUGACUUCAACAACUGGGACUGGACUACUAAAUGUACCCUCACCGCCAAUGAUUGUCCAGCAGGACAGCAGUGCUUCAUCACUAAAGUGUCAGGCGCCUACCAGGUGGGCUGCAAGGCUGAUUGUAAAGGUGAUGCUAACACUAAGUGCUGUAACAACACUGAUGGAUGCAACAAGUGGCUGGACGUGAGCAAGGAUGCACCAGCAUGGAAGAAGCUGGAGGACAUCAAGGCAGCUUGUAGCCCCUCCAACAAGGACCUGAAAGCCUGCGUGAAAGCCAUCUCCUCCACCAAGAGUCUCAAGUGCUAUUCAUGCUCUACUGACCUUGGAGCAGACUACUUCACCCCCACCAGCUGGGACUUGACUACUAAAUGUCCCCUCAGCACCAAUGAUUGUCCAGCAGGAGAUCAGUGCUCCAUCACUAAAGUGUCAGGUGCAGUCACCUAUAAGAUGGGAUGCAAGCCUGCUUGUGAAGAUAAUGAUGACACUAAGUGCUGUGACUCUGAUGGAUGCAACAACUGGCUGGACGUGGCUGAUGCAAACGAUCGUAAUGAUGUCAAGACAGUAUGCAACGAGGCCAACAAUAAUGUCAAAAAGUGCGUGGAGGCCGUCAUCAAGACCAAGACUCCCAAGUGCUAUUCAUGCUCUGCUCCCCUUGGAGUGAACUACUUCACCCCCAGCGGCUGGGACUGGAGUGCUCAAUGUACCCUCACCCCAUGUGGAAAAGGACAGCAGUGCUCCAUCACCAAAGACUCAGGUGCAGGCACCUACCAGGUGGGCUGCAAAGCCACGGAUGAUUGUAAAGAUGCUAACACUAAGUGCUGUGAUGCUGAUGGAUGCAACAACUGGCUGGACGUGAGCAAGGAUGCUGAUGCAUGGAAGAAGGUGGAGGCCAUCAAGGACGCUUGCAGCCCCUCCAACAAGGACCUCAAAGCCUGCCUGAAAGCCAUCGACCCAACCAUCAGUGGUGGGGGGGGGCUGGCUGGUGGUUUGGGCCUGCCUUUGGUCUUGGCCAUCAGCGUGAUUGUGUUGGUGGUGUUGGGCUAACCCCCCCAUGCAGCCCCCCCCCAGCCAUCAGCGUGAUUGUGUUGGUGGUGUUGGGCUAACCCCCCAUGCAGCCCCCCCCCCCUUUUCCUCGUUCACAUGAAAAGGCUAAAAAAAGAAAAGAAAUAAUCCAACAAAGCAACUUUCCAUCAACCUGACCUGAUGUGAUGUUUGCACCCCCCCACAUGACCAGCCCCUCCCUUGCUGUUACACUCGGGGGUGUCGCAUGUGCGGCCCCGGGGCCCAUGAAGGUCUUAAUAUGAGCAAAGUGUCAUUCAUUGGAAAAGUGUCAUCAAAUUGGGGGGGGCACAAGAAAUUGUUGGACCGGAAGAAAAUGUCAGAAGAAAGUUGAAGUGGUUGGAAAAUAAAAAUAAAACGAAUAAAAAGCUGUGAUGUGCAAAUGAACGAGUUGUUAAACGUCAUGAAUGCAUGAUUGUACAAUGAAUGCAUGAUUGUACAAUGAAUGCAUGGUUGUACAAUGAAUGCAUGGUUCAUGAUUGUACAAUGAAUGCAUGAUUGUACAAUGAAUGCAUGAUUGUACAAUGAAUGCAUGGUUGUACAAUGAAUGCAUGGUUCAUGAUUGUACAAUGAAUGCAUGAUUGUACAAUGAAUGCAUGAUUGUACAAUGAAUGCAUGGUUGUACAAUGAAUGCAUGGUUCAUGAUUGUACAAUGAAUGCAUGAUUGUACAAUGAAUGCAUGAUUGUACAAUGAAUGAAACCACAAGUAUCAACAUGAGAAGGAAAUGAACAAGAUGACUUUAAUGACUGGAAAACAUCAUUUUCAUCAAUAAACUCACA